AUGUCUUCCUUCCCCGAGCGCCGCAGUAUGGACCCGACGGCGGCUCCCGAUCUCCCUCCUUCCGGCCCUACCUUCCUCACCGACGGUGCGGCCUCCUCUCUCACUGCUCGGUUCAUAGACGCUCCCAUCUCGCGGAACGGAGGAGGAGGCGCCCCAGGCUGCUGCUUGCCCGCCGCCGCAGCAUUAUUCAAGGACGACGGCUGUAGAGGGGAGGGCUGCGGAGUGUACUGCGUGAAUUUGUCGACCGCGACGACGGCCUUGGAGUUGUCGACGGAGGGAGGGGUGGGCUUCUCCGGCGAAUUGAUCGGGGAAGAGUAA